CUUCUGGAGUGUCCUUAUCUCGACCUGUAUCGCAAUGGAAGGUUACGACGUCUGCCUCCUCGGAGCCUUCUACGCCCACCCCAAGUUCAACGAGAAAUAUGGUGUCUUGCUUGCCGAUGGAACAUACCAAGUGCCCGCACGCUGGCAAGCAGGCCUCAGUAACGGUGCCAAUGUCGGAGAAAUCAUUGGUCUCUUCAUCAACGGUUUCGUCUCUGAGCGCUUCGGCUACCGCUACACUGUCAUGACCUGCCUUGUCAUGAUCGCAGCUGUCACUGCUGUCUUCUUCACUGCACAAAAUGUCCAGACUCUUUUGGUCGCUGAGAUCCUUUGCGGUAUCCCAUGGGGUAUCUUCCAGACUCUCACUGUAACCUACGCCUCCGAAGUUUGCCCCGUCGCUCUCCGUGGAUAUCUCACUACAUACGUCAACUUCUGCUGGGGCAUGGGCCAGGCUAUUGGUAUCGGAGUCGUGAAGUCCCUGCUGCACCGUAACGACCAAUGGGCAUACCGUAUUCCUUACGCCUUGCAAUGGAUGUGGCCCGUUCCUCUCAUCAUUGGAAUUACCUUCGCUCCCGAGAGCCCUUGGUGGUUGGUCAGAAAGGGCAGAGUUGAAGAUGCAAAGAAGGCCCUCCUUCGUUUGACCAGUCUCAACCGCGAGACUGAUUUCGAUGCCGACGAGACUAUCGACAUGAUGGUUCACACCACCAAGCUCGAGGAGAAGAUUACCACUGGAUCCAGCUACCUUGAUUGUUUCAAGGGGACUGACCUCCGCCGUACUGAGAUUGUCUGCAUGGUUUGGGCAAUUCAGAACCUCAGCGGCAAUUCAUUCUCUGGUUACUCGACCUAUUUCCUCGAGCAGGCUGGACUCGACCCCGGCAAGGCCAUGGACUUCGCCAUUGGACAAUACGGUAUCAACAUGGCUGGUGUGUUCGGCGCUUGGUUCCUCAUGAGCGUUGGAAUCGGUCGUCGCACUCUCUACUUGGUCGGUCUUUGCGGUCUCUGCACCAUGCUUCUCAUCAUGGGCUUCCUCGGACUCGUCCCCCAGGCUCACAAGGACUCUGCAUCUCUCGCAACCGGCUCCAUGAUGUUGAUCUGGGCCUUGUGUUACCAGUUGUCCGUCGGUACCGUCUGCUACUCCCUCGUCUCCGAGAUCUCCACUCGCCGCCUUCAAAUCAAGACCAUCGUCCUCGGACGUAACCUUUACAACAUCGUCGGCAUUGUAUGCAGUGUUCUGACUCCUUACAUGCUCAACCCCAGCGCUUGGGCAUGGGGCAACUACGCCGGAUUCUUCUGGGCUGGCAGUUGCUUCUUGUGCAUCAUUUACACUUACUUCCGUGUACCUGAGCCCAGCGGUCGCACUUUCGCCGAGCUUGACCUGCUCUUUGAGAAGAGGAUCAGCGCAAGAAAAUUCGCAAAAACACAAGUCGACGUUUUCGCCGACAGUGUAGAGAAGGUCGGCGUGUUUUGACGCGUUUUUUGCUUGAUUGCUUUUCAUGAUGUUUCACGAGUUUCAUUGUUCGUUAUGCCCGGUCACGAUUUUGUACAUAGUCUUCUACUGUAGAUACCAGAUAGCCUUGAUGGCAAGAGA